AUGGAAAAAAAUGAAUAUGCCCUCGAUUAUAUUCUUCAAGCAGAAUAUAAUCUGCUUCGAAAACAAUUUAUACCUGGCAUAAUUGUCAUUCCAUCUGGAAAAUCAAAUCUAAUAUGGAAUGGUGUUCAUUUUAUAUCUCAAGGUCCUUAUGAAGGUGGCGUUUUUCGUUUUUCAAUUCUAAUACCCAAUACAUUUCCUGAUGGCGAUUGUCCACAAGUAUACUUUUCACCAUCUGUAUAUCAUCCUCAAAUAAAUGCACAAACAGGUGAACUUGACAUUAAACGCUAUUUUCCUGUGUGGAAACGUAAUGGGCAUCAUCUUUGGCAAGUACUACGUUAUAUUCGGCGUAUAUUUCAAAAAAUUGAAAUUACGAAUGCAAUUAAUUUGGAUGCAGCACAACUAUAUGAACAUGACCCAGGAGCAUUUCUCUUAAAAGUAUCUGAAUGUGUCAAUCAAUCAAAAGAUAAUAUUUAUAUUCCCGAUUCAUUAACUUCUGAUGAUCCCCAUGCUAUUGUAUUUUCUCCGUGGAAUGAAAGAUUACAAGCGGUACAACAGCAUCUUUUAACCGGAACAAAGCAAGCGUUUGAUAAUAUUCAAGGUUUAUCAUGGAUGAAGCCAGGUGUUUAUCAAAUAUUAACACGAGAAGAUACUUUAACAAGCCAUCAAAAUUAA